CAUAUUUUGCGACAGUACUGUAACUGUAACGAAAUAAGUUUUGUUUUGUUUUCUUUGCAAUUUUGGAAUAUUUAAGUUUUUAUUGAAAUGGCUGUCACAGGUGUUUUGCCGUUUGUGAGAGGUAUCGAUUUUACAGGAAAUGACUUUCAGGAAGAUUAUUUUCCAAAAGCUGUAGCUGAGAUGACUGGAUUAAGAUGGCUAAAAUUGAAUAAAACAAAUAUUGAUUGGAUUCCUGAUGAAUUAGGAAAUCUUCAAAAGCUUGAAGUAUUAUCCUUAGUACGCAAUAACCUGGUAACUAUUCAUGGGGAAGUAUCAACGUUACCUUGUCUUCGAUAUGUUAAUUGUCGUUACAAUAAAUUAAAAAAUUCUGGAAUCCCUGUUGAUGUUUUUGAGCUAGAAGAUUUAUCUGUUGUGGAUUUUAGUCAUAAUUGUCUAAGAGAAGUUCCUCGAGAUUUGGAGCAUGCAAAGGGUCUUCUAGUCUUAAAUUUAAGUUUUAAUUCAAUUGAAAACAUACCUAGUCAACUUUUUGUCAAUCUAACAGAUUUGCUUCACUUAGAUUUAAGUGACAAUAAACUUGAAUCCCUCCCACCUCAGAUGAGGAGACUAGUAAAUUUACAAACUUUGAAGUUAAAUAAUAAUCCUUUGGGUCAUAAUCAGCUACGGCAAUUACCAGCACUUGUGGCAUUGCAGACCUUGCAUAUGGCUAACACACAAAGAAGCUUAUCAAAUAUACCUACUUCUUUGGACAGUUUGACAAAUCUGCAAGAUGUUGAUUUAUCUCAGAAUAGUUUACCUCGUGUACCAGAUGCAUUGUAUACUUUACCAAAUUUGAAACGUCUGAAUCUGUGUGAAAAUUGUAUUAUUGAUAUAUCACCAGAUAUUGGAGAUUUAUGGAAAAAUAUUGUUACUCUAAAUCUCUCAAGAAAUAAACUUAAAGCACUACCUGCUACUUUAUGUAAACUGUCUAAAUUAAGAAGAUUAUAUAUAAAUGAUAAUCAGUUAGACUUUGAUGGCAUACCAUCUGGUAUAGGAAAACUGUAUAGUUUGGAAGUUUUCAUGGCUUCUAAUAAUAACCUAGAGAUGAUACCGGAAGGUGUUGUUCGCUGUGGAAGGCUGAAGAAAUUGGUAUUGUCAAAUAAUCGUUUAAUUACUCUACCUGAAGCAAUUCACCUGUUGACAGAUUUGGAGGUUCUAGAUUUGCAUGGUAAUCCUGAUUUGAUAAUGCCUCCUAAACCUGAGGAAUUAAUUAUGGGUAGUGGCUCUGAGUAUUACAAUAUUGAUUUUUCAUUGAGCACACAACUUAGGCUUGCUGGUGCCACAACCAACAAUCCAGUAGCAGCUCCAGCCCAUAGCAAAGAUCCUAUUGCUCGUAAACAGAGGUUGAGGAGAAAAAAAGAUGAUGAAGUAGAUAGUGAUCAAGCUAAAGUUUUGAAAGGAAUGAGUGAUUUAGCCAAAGAUAAGAAAGAUUUUGCUCAGGAUGAUAAAAAUGUUUCGUUAAAGCCCAAAAGGUGGGAUGAAGCUUUAGAAAAACCACCAUUGGACUAUAGUGAUUUUUUUGAUGAAGAAGUUGGUCAAGUCCCUGGUUUGACUUGUUGGGAAAUUGAGAAUUUUGUACCAAAUCAAGUUGAUGAAGCUCUCAUUGGGAAAUUUUAUGAGGGUGACUGUUAUAUUAUACUUAAAACAACAUUGGAUGAGAAUCAGAGUUUGGAUUGGCAAAUAUUUUACUGGAUUGGGUCUCAUGCAACUCUUGACAAAAAAGCCUGUUCUGCCAUUCAUGCUGUCAACUUAAGAAAUUUUCUAGGAGCUCAGUGCCGUACUAUUCGGGAAGAGCAAGGAGAUGAAAGUGAUGAAUUUUUAGACUUAUUUGGUUCUGAUAUUGUUUACAUUGAAGGUGGAAGAACUGCUAGUGGCUUUUAUACAAUUGAAGAAGUGGAAUAUAUACCUAGGUUAUAUAGAUUGGAGACGAAUAAUAGGGUUCUUCACAUUGAAUCGUUUCCAGUAGAAUAUGAAUGUUUGGAUCCAAGAUACGUAUUUUUACUGGAUGUGGGUAAAAAAAUCUACAUUUGGUAUGGAAAAAAAUCUAAAAAUACUGUUCAGUCUAAAGCAAGACUGUUAGCUGAAAAGAUGAACAAAAAUGAAAGAAAAAAUCUAGCAGAAAUAAUAACAUUUACUCAAGGUCAAGAACUGCCUGAAUUUCUAAAAUUGGCUGGAAUUGAAGAUCCAUCAGUACCACUUCCACCACCUACUGAAAAUUCUGAGGACACUUUUGUUAAUGUUUUUCCAACUUUAUAUCAGGUUGGGCUAGGAAUGGGCUAUUUGGAACUACCCCAAGUUGAAAUCAAGCAGAAAAGGUUAGAAAAAAAACUUCUGGAGACUAAGAAUGUAUAUAUUUUGGAUUGCUCUACUGAUGUUUUUGUUUGGUUGGGUCAAAAAUCUACUCGCCUUGUACGUGCAGCUGCUCUUAAAUUGUCUCAAGAGUUAUGUGCUAUGAUAAAAAGACCUAAACAUGCAAUUGUUAGCCGAGUAUUAGAAGGAACUGAGCCUCAAAUAUUUAAAUCUAAGUUUUAUGGUUGGGAUGAUGUCAUAGCUGUUGAUUUUACUAGAACUGCCCAAUCUGUGGCUCGAACUGGAGCAGAUUUGAAGAAAUGGAUGAGUAAGCAAGAAACAAAAGCAGACCUUUCUGCUUUAUUCAUGAACAGGCAGCCUCCAAUGAGCAAAGAAGAAGCUAAAACUCUGAUGGAAGAGUGGAAUGAAGAUUUAGAAGCUAUGGAAUCAUUCGUUUUAGAAGGGAAAAAAUUUGUUAGACUUCCUGAAGAAGAAAUUGGUCAUUUUUACAGUGAAGAUUGUUAUGUUUUCUUAUGCCGCUAUUGGGUGCCUCUUGAGGUUCCUGAAAAUGAGGAAGGCACAGAAGAAGAAGAGAUACAAGAAGAUGGAUACCAGUGUGUGGUAUACUUUUGGCAAGGUAGAGAAGCUAGCAAUAUGGGCUGGCUGACAUUUACAUUUAGCUUGCAGAAAAAAUUUGAAUCACUUUUUGGCGAUAAAUUAGAAGUUGUACGAACUUACCAACAACAAGAAAAUUUGAAAUUUUUGUCUCACUUUAAACGACAUUUUAUUAUUCAUCAAGGGAAAAGAAAAAAUCCAAAAAUUAGUACUGCCAUUGAAAUGUUUCAUAUUCGAUCUAAUGGAAGUCCCAUAUGUACUCGUUGCAUACAGGUCCAUCCAGAUGCCAGUAUUCUCAAUUCUUGUUUUUGCUAUAUUCUGAAAGUACCAUUUGAUAAGGUGAAUAAUUCAGGUAUUGUCUACGUUUGGAUUGGAUCCAAGAGUGAUGAAGAAGAAGCAAAACUGACUGAAGAAUUGGCUAACAAGUUGUAUGACACUGAAACACACAGCAUUCAGGUUCUUAAUGAAGGAGAAGAGCCUGAAAAUUUCUUCUGGGUUGCUCUUGGUGGCAAAAAACCAUAUGAUACGGAUGCUGAUUUCAUGAAUCAUACAAGACUUUUCCGCUGCUCCAAUGAGAAGGGAUACUUUUCUAUAUCUGAAAAAUGCUCAGACUUUUGCCAAGAUGACUUAGCUGAUGACGAUAUUAUGAUACUGGACAAUGGUACACAUGUAUUUAUAUGGGUUGGUGCUAAAUGCAGCGAAGUAGAAAUAAAACUUGCCUAUAAAAGUGCUCAGGUAUAUGUGCAAAGUUUAAGAGCAAAACAACCAGAUAAACCUAGAAAACUCAUGCUCACUUUAAAAGGAAAAGAGUCAAAGAGAUUCACAAAGUGCUUCCAUGGCUGGGGAAAACAUAAAACAGUAGUUGAAUAAGAUCUGAGCCUUCUGCUUUUGGUUUUUAUGUUUCGGAAAUAUGUACAUGUUACAUAUGUAUGAUGAUUUUUAUUUAUUCUUUUGUUAAUUGCUUUUAGUUUUUUUAUGUAUGCUGUGUUUUUUACUGGUGAUUUACACUGAACAGUACAAGUCAUUGUUUCUAAGAUAUAAUUGUUGUGCCUUUGGAAUUCUACUUCACCAAAUAAUUGUAUAUAAAUCAUGUUAAUUAUUUAUAAUUUUUUAGAUUAGUAUUUUGAAGGAAAAAAGAGUGUUAUAUUUUUGUUGUGUGUAUUGUAAAUAUAUAUUUUGUAUACCAUUGAGAAUUGAUGGAUCAUUUGCAUCCCGUUUAUAACUAAAAAUUUUAUUUUUUGAGCCACUACUUAUUCAAAAAUUUAAGAUUCAGUACUGUGAUUUCUAAGGCCUGUGUAAUUUUGGAUACAUAAACUAAAUGCUGUAGUGUCUGCUAAAUAAAUGUAAAUUAAUCUGACUAAUUGAAUGUUGAUUAAAAGUUAAAUAUCAAAACGCUUUUAGACUGAUUUAAAUACAGUGAAAUAUAUAUUCCACUUGGGGUAAAAACUAUCUUUUUGAAUACAAAAUAAUAUUAAAGAUGAAAUAUUUCUUUAAAGUGAAAUAUUUCUCCUUAGUCCCUCUCCUCCUUUUUCAAUGUUAUUGUUGAAUUAAAAUCACUUAAUAUAUGAACUUAAAUGUGUGUUCCUUCCAUAACUACUCAAGAAGAAACAAGGAUUAUUUGCAGUGAUACAAAGCAAUGAAUGAUAAUCAAGAAGUUCUGAAUUUAAACGAGAAGUUACAACAAAAAUUGUAAAGUGUUUUACUCUCACCUUUUUAAUCUUUUUUACAUAUUUAUAUCUUGUAUGUGAAAUGGAGAGUAACAAAAGUUAUUUGAUUACGAUACACUUUUUUUUUAUUAACGUUUUCAAUCUGUCUUUAAACUGAUGCUUUUUCCUUUACAAGCAUUAUCUUGUAACUGAAGCAUUUUCCUUUCAGUAGCAACUUUUUUACAGAAAUAAAAAUUGUUCAAAAACAGAAGUUAGUCAUACAUUAUCAAUGCAGGCAUCAAAACUUCCUUUUCUAAACUGCCAGCCUUUAGUAAUUUCAUAAACUUUAGUUUUUUAUUAUUUGUAAAAAAAAUUUAUCUCUUUUUUAAAACAUGGCAUUGCAUUUAAAAUAUCUUAUUG